AUGGCCGGCGGUAACCACCCCAAGCCUCCGCCCUCCUCCUCCUCCCACCGCAAAUCCCGUUGGGAAUCCAACGCCAACAAUGUUAAAUCUCCGGCGGAUCCCCAACCGAAUAACGAUCCCAAGAAUCCCAAACCCUCCCCUAAAACCAAACCAACCUUCGCCCUCCCACCCGAUUACCACCACCUCCCUCCAGCUCGGCCCCCCAUUGACCUCCCUUCCGCCGGCGGAGCUCCAUUUGAUAACCGGUUCCCUAGCCCCUCCUCUCGAUUCGACCGCCCUAGGCACCCUGAUUACCGGAACCUGCCCCCAGAAGCUUCCGGGAAGAGGAAGUUUGGUGACGAGGAUGGUGGCGGCGGACGGGACGAGCUCGCCAGGCAAAGGGAGCAGCUCUUGCGGAACGCGAAUCUCAAUAAUGGGUUUUCUGCUGCUGGUCCCAGUGAAUUGAGGCCUAAUAAGCAGAUAAGGGUUGAUGGGGUUGUUGCUGGUGGUGGUGGUUUGGGUGUGAAGCACCACCAGCAGGUUGGUCAGGAAAAUUUGAAGAAGGCGUUUCUUCAUUUCGUUAGAUUGAUUAACGAGAACCCCAGCCAGAAGAAGUCUUACUUGGAAGAUGGAAAGCAAGGGCGAAUUCAGUGCAUUGCUUGUGGCAGGUCAGCUAAAGAUUUUCCAGAUACUCAUGCUCUCAUUAUGCACACUUACAACUCAGAUACUGCUGAUUUGCGUGUUGAUCAUUUGGGGUUACACAAAGCUCUGUGUGUCUUAAUGGGUUGGAACUACUCAAAGCCUCCUGAUAACUCAAAAGCAUAUCAGUUUCUUUCUGCUGAUGAAGCAGCAGCAAAUCAGGAUGAUCUGAUCAUGUGGCCGCCACUGGUGAUUAUUCAUAACACAAAUACUGGAAAAAAUAAAGAAGGUCGUAUGGAGGGUUUGGGAAACAAAACAAUGGACAAUAUAAUUAGAGAGCUUGGAUGUGUGAGUGGCAAAUCAAAGUCAUUAUACGGAAGAGAUGGUCAUUUGGGCAUAACACUGGUUAAAUUUACUGGGGAUCAAUCAGGCCUUAAGGGGGCCACGCAGCUUGCAGAACACUUUGAGAAGGAAAAGCAUGGGCGCAAAGAUUGGGCCCGUGUACAGCCUGUCAUAACAUUUGGGAAGGAGGAUGAGAACAAUCCAAACCUUGUAAAGGUGGAUGAGAAAAAAGGAGAUAAAAGGAGGGUGUUGUAUGGCUAUCUAGGAACUGCUUUUGAUCUUGACAAAGUUGAUUUUGACACAAGGAAGAAGGCAGUCAUAGAGAGCAGGAGAGAAUACAAACAAUCCGUGUAGUUUCUAUGAAUUAUACAUGGAAUAGCAGUGCACUUGAAUGAAAGAAUUGUGGCUUCUUCUGGAAAAAGUCUUUCCAGUUGAAUGAUAAUUAGUCCUGAUUCUUGAAGAUGAUAAAAGCUGAAUGUUAUGUUAUGUUGUAUUGAUCGUUUUUCAAGGCUUCAAGGCUGCAAUAGGAUGCCAAGUUGCCAUCAUUUUUUAUUUAGUUCCCGGUGGUAUAUUCUUAAUACUAUUGAAGCAUUAGGAUUUAGGAAGAUGUGUUUGCCUUUUCACCAUUUGACACCGUGGAAUGCACUCAAAUUUAAGUCAAAUGUUCGGAAUUUUUAGACUUAGUAUUGUCCUAUCUUUUCCCCAUGUUGGACGGGAACUGUUUGCUUUCGUUUGUUACCCUUUUUGGUCAUAAUGUCAUGGAAAUUAUUAGCUAUGA